AGAGCCGGAAGACAUGGGCAUCCAGCACCUCCUGCUGCUCCUAAUCUACCUGGACCCGCUGUGCGCGAGCAAGAAACAGGGAAAACACGCGCCACGGCGCCCGGGCAAAGCCAAGGAGCUCAACGGCACCGCUACCGUGGUCGCCCCAACUGCUCGCGCUGCUGUCCCGCGGGUCCGCGCGCCCUCCCCGGUCGGAGGAGACCACGACACGUGCCUGGGUUAUUAUGACGUGAGCGGCCAGUACGAUAAGGAGUUCGCGUGCAACAACACGGACCACCGGUACUGCUGCGGCAGCUGCUUCCUGCGCUUUUGCUGCCCGGUGCGCGCCAAGAGGCUCGAGCAGCGCGCGUGCACCAACUACAACACGCCCGACUGGGUGAAGACGCAGCCGCCGUCGCCUGCGCCGACCGCCGACACCUACGACCCUGCGCUGGACCGCACCAACACCACCGUGUACAUCACGUGCGGCGCCAUUGCGCUCGUGCUGCUGCUCGGCAUCGCCGCCAAGGUGGCGUACGACAAGGCCACGCGCCCGCCACAGGAGAUGAACGUGCACAGGGCUCUAGCGGACAUCCUGAGGCAGCAGGGUCCUGUGGCUUCCUCGCAUUACGAGCAGGAGAACAUGGCCACCAUCGACGGCUCACCGAAGGACAGCACACCUGUACGCAGCAACAAGAACCACUACACACCUGUACACAACAAAAACAACCACGGGCAUCAUGGGAAGGAUAAUUUCCGCAGUGCUCAGGACAUGCACAACUUCAUCUCCUCUGGGUUCGUCACGCUGGGCCGAGGACAGCUGAAAGCUCAACACUCGGUGGAUGAUCUGGGGUGGCAGGGAGACCUGGACAUUCCUCUGUCAUACGGGAACCAUCAUCAUGACUACACAAGCCAUGUGGACCUCACCGGAUCUCACACACCUAAAAUCGGAUACAGAAUAGAGCGCUACGAAAAGCCUCGGAUGAACAACAUCCUGACGUCGCAGACAGAACCCUACGACCUGUCGUUCUCUCGCUCCUACCAGAACCUCACUCACCUCCUGCCUUCGUACGACAUGCCUCUGAAAUCCGACCACGGUGAUGAUGACUAUUAUGGGAGGAAGCUCCAUCUUCCUGACGUGACUCCGAAGCUGGUGAAGUUGGCUCCGGAGACACCAGUGCAGCGGGUGAAGCCACGUCGUGUGCAACGUGCAAUGUCUCAGGACCACGUUCUCUCACCUGUCGUCUCACGCCGUGACUACGUCGCUCCAGCCUACAACUUUUCGCAGGAUCUGCUCUCGGCCGAUCGCUUGCAGUCCCGAGAUCCUUUGCUCUCGCCGGACAAGCUGCUCUCCCUGAGGCGAGCCGAUUUCCGUGAGAAGUCGAUGGCUCGUGCCCUCUCGCACACAGACAUGUUCGUGCCUCCCACGCCCACCAUUGAGCGACACCACAGGAUGGCAAAGGCACACUCGCACUCACAGCAGAGCGACGGGGCCAGCGACGACAGCUACAGGGGGAACGACGGGCUGCUGAGCGUCAGUGGCAACAAGAGGCAGGUGUUCGCCUCGAGACGGACACACACGGUCGACCACCUGCAGUAUAUACCUGGACAUCACCAUCAUCAGUACCGCACGGCCAGCAAGAACGAAGUGACAGUGUGAAAACACGGACAGAGGCAGAGGGAGGAAGACAGAAGGAAACGUCUUUAUUAUGUGCCGAAAGGAGAGUAUGAGAAAGGACAAAGAGGGAGAGAUAGAGAAAUAAAUAACAGUAAGAAGAAGGGAAAUAAAAAACAUCAGUAUCGCAAAGCCAGCAAAACAGAAGUGACAGUUUAAACACAGGGAAAGAGUCAGAGCAAAUAACUAACAGGAGACGCUACAGAAAGGUGUGGGACUUUAAGAUUACUGAGCGAUUUUCUCACGGCUCAGAUGGAAAGAAAGAGAAAGACUGGGCAGGAGGUCACUGAACACUCAAUGUGCUAAUAUACACAAUAUGUGUGUGUGUGUGUGUGUGUAGUAAGUGUGUGUUAUCAGGCUGGAAAACAGAGGUGUCCUAAUUUUCGAUUCUCUUCUUCCUUCUGCUUUUGACCUUGACUUGUUCCUGAUUUCAUCUUAAAGCUUCAGCUUCCACAUCUUCUGGGUCAUUUGAAAAAAAAAGCGAGUGAGAGAGAGAAAGAGAGAGAAUAUACCUUCCUCCUCAUGCCUCCGGCCAAUCUAAGGGCUUGCACAUACACACACACACAUACACACACACACAUACACACACAUACACACACACACACACACACACACACACACACACAGAUAAUAGGCUGCAGUUCAACAGAAACCGACAAAGACUUUAAAAAAAAAAUCCAGGACUGAACUGUUAAAGCCUGUAUUAACUUUCUACAGAUAUAUGAAGAGACUUACGGUUUGUAAUUCUAGCUCUCAGUUUAGCUUUAGAGAUUAUUCAUAGAUACGAAAAGAAAAAAGAAAAAAAAAGCUCAUGGGUGUUCCAUGCAAAUGUCAAAAAAAAUAAAUAAAUAAAAAAUGACAUUGCCCCAUUUCGCCAGAAGUGGAGUAAGGGUUAAAAAAGCACAAUCAAUACAGUUAACAGUUGAAACUCUUCAUUUGUUUUCACAUUCUGUCUGUUCUUUCCUCUUUUUUUUUUUUUUUGUCUAUCACCCAGCUCCUCUCCGCCUCCUAGAGGCAGGGUGUGGCAGUUUUCUUGCGUACAGGACUGUAAAUAAGCUGUGAUAGCCGUAGCUCCAAGAGUAAAGUUAGCUCAGAUUACUGGGUUGUUGUUGUUUUUAUUUGUUUUGUUUCCUCAGUGAUCUGACCAUCCAGUCAUAUAGUAAACGUGUGUGUGUGUGUGUGUGUGUGUGUAAGGGUGAGCUCAUGUUUGUGGUAUUUUUUAAAAUAUGUACUGAUGAUGAACCCGAGGCUGAGUCCCGUUUCCCACCACAUGAUGGUUUCAUAAUCUAAUUUUCUCUGAUUUACUCGACAGAUCGCUCUGCUGCCAUGACACACCGGAGCAUUCUGGGUAAUAACUGGAUAACAUGAUGUCUGCUAAGCUUGUUUUUUUUUUUUUCCUCUCUCUGAUUUGAGCAGAUCUUUCUCUUCUGGUAUUGAUACUGAUGUCUCAACUGAAACUGAAGAAUACCUCUUGUGUUUUUGGUUCUGUUGGUCCACAGCUGGAUAACUCUAUAUAUAUAUAUACAUAGUUUGGUAUUUACAGUUUACUAGAACUAGAAAGCGCGACACAAACAUUUCCGCCCGUCACAAUCGUCAUAGUUAAGCUCCGCCCACAUGCUCAGGCUCUUGUUUGCUGAGAUGGCAAAUGACAUGAGCUGAUCUGUGUGGUGUAUGUGCCAAAAUUGAGUGUGUUUACAAAGAAGGUUGGCGUAGCUUAUGUCAUAAAGUUGGCUGAAGAAUCUGAGUGGACACGGAUGUUCUGUCCGGUUCUGUGAGAAGAGAAGAAGAACACCAAUAAAAAGUGGAACAAGUACAAUCUCAACAGAAAAUAUAAGCCUGUGUUCACAAAGUAUUUAUGAAUGCAGAUGUCAGAGAUGUUCACACACACACACACACACACAUUCUGCCUGGAGUUCAGGAAAAUCCACUUUUUUUUGCCAAAUUGUUUGUGAAUCUGUGUAAAUAUGUAGGAAACAAUUUAACGAUGAGUUCCUGCAAUUUUUAGAUUUGAAUUCCAACGAUUUAUUCCAAAUAAUAAACAGGAUGGAAAAAAAUUAAUAAAUAGAUAAACAACCAAAAAAAUGAACUAGUAUUUCAAUCCAGACAAAAGUAAUGGCACCCUACAACAGGAGGUGCUAGCCGAGCGGCCACAGUGGCUGAGCUGCAUUGCUGGAGGAUUUCAUCGUUUUGUCGUUUUCAGAUCUCUGUGGGUUUUGAGCUGUGUGGGGGUCGUGCUACAUGUGAAUUAGCUGUGCUGUGAACAUCAUUUACAGAAAGGAGAAUGGUUUCUCCAUCAGAUUCAGUUAGCUAAUGGACUGAUGGUUCGUUUUGACCACAAACACUUACACACAGUUGUACUAAAUGAUGAAUAGAUUAAUAAAA